UCCACACACACACACACUGCGCUCUGAACUUUACCGGAGUCUCGCGGGGCGGCGCGUUAACGGGCGGCGUGCGCGGGCAGACAAGACGAAGCCAGGGACCCCAAGGAGACACCGUGCGCUACACAUUGCAGAAAAAAAAAAGAAAGAAAAAAAAAAACAGCAAGCAUUCGAGGACGCAGACUUAUCAGACUUCCUUCACAGACUGAUUUGAUUUGUCAAGAUGAUCUGAACUGUGCAUGAGGAGGCACCGAGACGCGCGCGCUCCUCAGACUGGAUACCCCGUGUACGGAUUUACUCGCUGAAAGUGGGAUUUGCCUUCAAAGAAAAAUAAUCAGAAUAACAUCAACAACAACAACAAAAAAGUGCACUCGUUUCCUUCCUCCCUGUGGAUAGUGUUGAUCUUCUUCUCCUUAUUUUUUAUUAUUAUUUUUAUUUGAUCUAAGUUCCAAAAUGAGCUCAGGCUGUUUGUUCAGGUCUCUGCUGAUGCUCUUCCUGGCGCUUCUCUCCGCCAACGCGAGCAACUGGCUGUAUCUGGCUAAGCUGUCGUCGGUGGGGAGCAUCUCAGACGAGGAGACCUGCGAGAAGCUGCGAGGUCUCAUCCAGAGGCAGGUGCAGAUCUGUAAGCGCAACGUGGAAGUGAUGGAUGCUGUACGCCGCGGAGCUCAGCUCGCCAUCGACGAGUGCCAGUACCAAUUCCGUAACCGGCGGUGGAACUGCUCCACGCUGGACUCCAUGCCUGUUUUCGGGAAGGUGGUCACUCAAGGCACAAGGGAGGCAGCGUUUGUGUACGCGCUCUCGGCUGCGAGCGUUGCAUACGCGGUGACCAGGGCAUGCAGCAGCGGGGAGCUGGAGAAGUGCGGCUGUGACCGAAACGUGCACGGUGUGAGCCCUCAGGGGUUCCAGUGGUCAGGGUGCUCGGACAACAUCGCCUACGGAGUCGCCUUCUCCCAGUCCUUCGUGGACGCCAGGGAAAGAGGCAAAGGGCAAUCGUCCAGUCGAGCUCUAAUGAACCUCCAUAAUAACGAGGCAGGGAGGAAGGCGAUUCUGAACCACAUGCGAGUGGACUGUAAGUGCCACGGUGUUUCCGGCUCGUGUGAGGUGAAGACCUGCUGGAAAGCCAUGCCUCCUUUUCGCAAGGUUGGCAACGUGAUCAAGGAGAAGUUUGACGGCGCCACAGAGGUGGAGCAACGCAAGGUGGGCACCACCCGAGCCCUUGUGCCACGCAACUCGCAGUUCAAACCGCACACAGACGAGGACCUGGUCUACCUGGACCCGAGCCCUGACUUCUGCGAGCACGACCCGAGGACGCCGGGCAUGCUGGGAACGGUGGGCCGCUUCUGCAACAAGACCUCGAAAGCCAUAGACGGCUGCGAGCUCAUGUGCUGCGGGCGAGGCUUCCACACGCAGGAAGUGGAGGUGGUAGACCGGUGCAGCUGCAAAUUCCACUGGUGCUGCUACGUCAAGUGCAAACAGUGCCGCAAGAUGGUGGAGAUGCACACGUGUCGGUGAUGCUCUCCUUCAGAAACCCUUCAUUCGCUUUUUCCACCACUGAACGGAGUGAAAAAAAAAACAAAAAAAAAACAACUCCCUCUUUCCUUCUUUUGACUCAAAAUAGAAUAAAUGAUUUAAAAAAAAAAAAAAAAAAAAAAAAAAAAAACAGGGAAGAUAAGAGAUAUUCACAGAUUCAUCCAGUUAUAAAAGAACAUGUCAUACAUGGGACACAAUUUUAGGGGCAAAUAGAGUUCUUUUUUAUUUCAAGUCCCACUUGAGAGUAUUUUUCUCUCCUUUUUUUUUUGUGGUUACUUUCUUAUUUUUAUAUUGUUCUCUAACUUAUUGGAAUCGGAGUGAUUUUUUUUUUUUUUUUUUGUAUUGUGACUAGCUCCAGUGGGAGCGGUAUAAGGGUGGAGGAGGGAUGGAUGGAUGGAUGGAUGGAUGGAUGGACGGACAAGUGAACAUUGGGAUGGUUAAAGGAGAUGAGGAGACUUCCCCCUCCUGCUUUCGAUGCUGCUUUAGGAUCUUAUCUGGAGUCACGGACAUCAAGUGAAUUAUCUAACAGACUGAGAUGCAGUCCAGGUGUACAUCUAUAUUAUUUUAUUUCAUUUGUCAACAGCAUUUUAGAUAGAGGUGGACAUUUUUAUGCUGCUUUAAAAAAAAAAAAAAAAUCACUCACACGUCAUGUACAGCGUUGGUCUUUUAUAUAAAUUUCUAUAUAUAAAUUUAUAUUAAGGAGUAUUAAAGAGUUUCUCCUCAUUUGUAGGGAAAAAAGAAAACAGGAGAAUUCAUGGUGUUAUUUCUAUGUUGUGUUACUAGGCAAAGACAGAAGGCAGAUCUGCACAAGUCGUGUAUUAAAUCCAGUCGUUAGCGAGUUAGCGUCGAAAAACAGGUCGCUGGCACGGAUCUGUGACCGUGUUUCAAAACCUACGAUAUUACAAGUGGUUUUUUUUCUGACCAUUUAUUUCAUGCUCGGUGACUCCAGCACUUUUCAUCUCCAGACGCACAUAACGCAAAAGAAAAAAAGAAAAAAAGAAAUAAAUCUCGGAGCGUUCCCUCUGCCGAUUAACAUGAAGCAAAACGAUUGAACUAUUUAUGGUCAUGUUCAAAACAGAAAGAAAAGACAAGACAAGAAAACUUGUGUAUAAUUCCACGUUUCUUUCCGUAGUACAACCUUUUUUGCUUUACGCCACGCUUCUAAAGAAUCAUAGCUCUGUAAAAGACUUUAUACACUGAAGAGGACUAUACUGCAUAUGAAUGUACGUUUCAAUGAAAUAUAUGCCUUUUGAAAGACGAGAGAA